CCGGCGGACCAAGCAGUCCCACUACUUUCCUCACUUUCCUUUUCGCAAGCGUUCUUGUCGCCACUGUACUCAUCGCGCGGUAGCGCUUGAAAACGGAAGUUACUUGAAAAUUCUUCAAUUCUGUCCAAUUUCCCUGUAAUUUUGAUGGGCCGAAACUAAUGAGACAUGGUGGUCCUACCAGUAGUGAAGCUAGGAACGCUUGCUUUGAAAACAUUAUGCAAACCUGUAGCUAAUAGGCUUAAGAAGGAGGCUGGCUAUCACCCAAAGUUCCGUCAGUUCAUCAUCAGCAUUGCCCAGGCGAAUCAUAGAGUAACAACAAAAUUGCAGAGACGCAUAUAUGGUCAUGCGACUGAUGUUGCCAUACGCCCACUGAAUGAGGAAAAAGCUGUUCAAGCCGCUGCAGACCUUCUUGGGGAACUCUUUGUUUUCACGGUUGCAGGAGCUGCUGUCAUCUUUGAGGUGCAAAGAAGUUCGAGAUCAGAAGCAAGGAAGGAGGAAAUACGUAGACAGGAAAUGCAGGCUAUAAAGGAUGGGAAUGAAAACCUAGCCAGAGAAGUUGAACUUCUUAAACAAAAGCUCGAAGAGCUGGAAGAACUUGCUAGAGGACGAAGACAAACUGGCAUCCUUAACUUCAGGCACACUCAUGCAAGUGAAGACAGACAAAAAAGUCCCAGCUAAUUGUUGCAAUUGGGACUGUGCAUAGCAUGUGGGAGAUCAACAGCCUCCGCAAGACUACAUUCUUUUAUAAAGGAUACUUGUGGGGAAUUCUUAAUGCUUGCAAUGAUUUGAGUUUGAUCGUCUCCUCCACAAAUGCAAAAUUCAUCCUGAAACUUUGCUGCUUUACCCUGGGUUUUUCUCAAGGGCAGUGAGCCUUUGAACUGGAUUUGUUCUCAACCAAUUCCAUCACUUGGUUGACCUCCUGUGUAAUCCUUCUUUCGCUGACCCUGUUUUUUUUUUGCUUUUUCUUUUUCUUUUUUUUUUUGGGAAUUAUUAUCUCCACUGAUUAUCUGAAAAACUCAGAAUCACGAGCCGUAUAGUCCUUGCUCGUUCAUUAAGUACUGACCGGUGACAAAUGAAAAUGAUCAUAAUCUGCGCAACAUAUAUUA